AUGCCGAAAAAGAAAGGAGGGGGCGGAGGUGAGAAGGGAAAAAAGAAGUUGUUUCUAAAUGAAAGGGAGACAGUUAACUACGAGCAGCAGAUUCUCGAUUACAACCGACAAUUGGCACGAUUGCGCACGAGAAACGAGCAACUCGAGACGGACUCGGAGGAGCUUAAGAAGAAACUGAAUCAGCUCGAAGAAGACCGAGCUGACGUGGUGGCCCAUUUAAAAAAAAUCCUCGAGGAGAAAACCAAAGAAGCAUUCGUCCUGGGGGAACGAUUAGUGGCUCUUCAGGAUAUGAGGAAAGAGGAACAGGCCGCCUAUAAAAAGAAGGAACAGAGCAUGGAAGCGGAUUUUCGAGCGAUGGAGACGAGCCUCACCGCGGAAAUCAAGCUCGUAGCCGGCAAGCUUAAUGCCCUGGAAGACUGGAGACUGGCUCGCAUCGACCUCAUGCGCAAAUUUGAGAUCCAAGAAGAACAGAUGAUAGAACAAGAAGAGAGGCACAAGAGAACCCUCUACGAAGCCGAGAAGUCCCUCAUAAUUGGCAAGGCCAAGAUGAAGAGGGAGAUGGAGGAGCGUCUAGAAGACCUGGCGCAGAGUUUCAGAGAUGCAACAAACAUUCGCAUAGCGGAUGCGACUCAUCGAGCGGUUCGCGAGAACAUCGCCUUGAACAAAGAGCUGGACGCGAUGUUGAAAGUCUGCAGGGAAUUAGAAAUAAGGACGAAGGAGUACGAGGAAAGAGAUCGAAUCCUGAGGACGCAAGCCUCGUUGUUCCAGGCCGAGGCAAAGAUGGCUCUUAACAAGUCCCUGAAACAGACUCGGAUAAUAGACAGGCUCACUGCGCAACAUUUGGAUGCAGUCAUAGAUGCUGCGAAGCUGCACCAUGCCGAAAACAUGUCAAAAACCAAGGAGGACCUAAUGCAACGGUACAAGGAGCAAUGUAUGGAUGCGCAGAAAAAUAUAAGAAUUCUGGAGCAACAUGUCCAGAGAGCCAAAGCUGCCAGGGACGAAAUUCGAGCGGAAUUGCGAGCCAAUUGUGCAGAAGUUGCUAGGAUAAAACGCAUCCUGCAUGCGGCGAAAACGUGCAUCGAGCAGGCACUGCAGUUGCAAAAUGAAACACUCGAAGAGGACGUCUGCGUAUCUUGCUACCCUGAGGUCAAGGAGCAGCUUCUUCACACUCUGAUGGACAUUUUGGCACAGAGAGAUGCAUCCGAAAUUUUGGAAAGCGAGCGAUCUUUUCGGGGAGAAUCUACAAGGUGCGCUUACUCAAGGGGAGACCUCGGUAUGGUACCGAGCUCUGAAUUUAGAAAACGUGGAAAAAUGUCGGACAGGAAUGCAGAAAUUAAAGAUACCAGAGGAGAGAAAAGCCUAAUGUCCACCGAUAACGCUGAUAAUCCAUUCGAAACUUCGCCAUCGCCCGCGUUGGCACAAUUUACAGAUACCGAAUAAAAUAUAACUCUCAAAGCCUUUAACGUG